CCCAAAGUCCAAACCAAACCAGUUGCAUCAUCCAUCCAUUCCACACUCCACCAACCAACCUCCCUCCGUCGGCUACAAAGACGUAGGAAAUAGCUUAUACCAAACCCCCCUUCUCCCUGCCCCUAAAUAAAUAAAAUCCAUUCUAGCUGCGAAAUCCUUCUCCAGGGGACGGGAAGAAACCAGGAGGGUCUUGUCAGAUUAUCUUCCUCAUCUUCAGUCUUCACUUCACCUCCUUUAAGAGUUUAUUAGACCUCAGACCCUCCUUUUUUCUCACCCAUAGAUUAUAGAUUCUAGAUAGAAGAAGAAAUCCUAGAAAAUGGAUUACUCUAGCCAAAAGAACCAAAUCCCAGAAAACCCCGGAGAAGACCAACCACACCUGGCCAUUGCCCCGUCCUCAAUCCCACCGGCACCUCCUCAGUUACCCAUAGCCACCAUCUCCCUCUCUCUCAACGCCGUCCUCCCCUCCCAUUUCCUCACCCCACCUACCAAAAUUUCUUCCCUUCUCACCCCUCAUGCCGCCAAAGUUAAAAUCCCCUCCCAAAUCUCCUCACUCUCCCACCUCUCCCUCUCUUCCGCUCUCUCCCCUCCCACUAAACCCUUCCUCAAGUCCACUAUCUCCGCCAACCCCCUCCAAAACCCACUCUCUCUCAACCCCCGCCGCCCUUCUGACCCCUCCGACGCCGCCGCCCUCCGCCGUGCUUCAAUCGUUUGGUUCCGCAACGACCUUCGGGUACACGACAAUGAGUGCCUCAACUCUGCCAACAACGAGUCCAUGUCAGUCUUGCCCGUCUACUGUUUCGACCCGAGGGACUACGGGAAAUCCUCUUCUGGGUUCGAUAGGACUGGCCCGUUUAGGGCCACUUUCUUGCUUGAAUCCGUCGCCGACUUGAGAAAAACUCUGCAGGCUAAGGGGUCUGAUCUUGUGGUGAGAAUUGGGAAGCCAGAGACUGUGCUGGUGGAGCUGGCGCAGGCCGUUGGGGCGGAAGCUGUGUAUGCCCACAGGGAGGUAUCGCAUGACGAGGUGAAGGCGGAGGAUAAUAUCGAGGCGGUGUUGAAAGAGGAAGGAGUGGAGGUUAAGUACUUUUGGGGAAGCACAUUGUAUCACAUCGACGAUUUGCCCUUUAAAUUGACGGAAAUGCCGACUAACUACGGCGGGUUUAAGGAGAAAGUGCAGGGACUGGAGGUUAGGAAGACAAUAGAGGCCCUGGAUCAGGUGAAAGGAUUGCCUGCUAAGGGAGACGUGGAGCCUGGGGAGAUUCCGUCCUUGGUUGAUUUGGGUCUCAACCCAAGUGCUACAUUGGGCCAGAAUGGAAAGCCAGCAGCAAGUGCCUCUCUUGUUGGAGGGGAGACAGAAGCGUUGCAGAGGCUUGGAAGAUUUGCAGCUGAAUGCCAAGCGCAACCAAACAAGGCAAACAAGGAUGGCACUAAUGAUAGCAUUUAUGGUGCCAACUUUUCUUGUAAAAUAUCUCCUUGGCUUGCCAUGGGUUGCCUUUCUCCCCGUUCCAUGUUUGAUGAGCUGAAAAAAUCUGUAUCAAGAACAAUUUCUUCUGCAUCUGCUCAGAAAAAUGGUGGAAACAGCUCUUCUGACACUGGGAUGAACUGGUUGAUGUAUGAGUUAUUGUGGAGAGAUUUCUUCAGAUUUAUCACCAAAAAAUACAGUUCCGCAAGACAGCACAAUGCUGCUCCAGUGACAGCUUGUACAGGUGCUGCUGUCUGAAGCUGAACCAUAUUGAAGAUUCAUUAGACAUAUACUACCAUGGGAAGGUUAUGUUUGUGGCUAUGUGAUUUCUUCGGCUGAUUCUAUUUCUACAGAGCAUUUGGCUUUGGUGCUGCACUUUGUCCUCCUGUUGUCAAGUGCCAUCUUCACAAAGUAUAAAGGUUUUCAUAUUGGAAAUUCGUGAGUUCAUUCUCCCGCUUGUGAAACAAGUACUUGCGGUCCAGUUCUUCCUGUGUAAUGUUUUCAUGUUUAUUAGAAAAUGGGGUGGACAGGAAAAUAUUAGUCGUACACCUUUCAUUUCUCCCUAACUACUUGCCUCACUUGGAGCUUUCUGGUUCUCAAGGCUUUGGUGCAUAAAAGGUUUGGACUAUUGCAUUAGUCAUUAUAAUCAAGUGACGUCUUAUCCCUUUUAUUUU